UUUCUUACUACCGUAGGAGAAAGGAGAAUUAGACUGCAACUGAGUAGAUCUUUCUGCCAUUGCAUCGCUGUGUCAUGGAUCAACCGGUGCUAUCUCCAUCCUCCCUUCUUGACAUCGCCAAACCAGCACUGAAUGCACCUGCGACAGCUCCUUCACCCACUUCUGAGCGGAAUUUCAAGCCUAAAAGCAAAAUGUCCAGCUUGGAGACUGUACCAGAAAGCGACCCUCGAAUUCAGUCUCAACAUGCUUCAUCUGUGAUGGAUGCCGCAAAGUCCACGUCCAGCGAUGAACAGCGCCUAUCUACGAAACGAAGCCAGUAUUUCCACGACGCACUUCAUGAGCGGUCUAGUGAGAGUUCAGCAGCUGCGGCCGUACGAGGAGAGGCUCUGAUUUAUGCCGAAGUCAAGACGAAUGUCAAGGUCGAAAACGAGCAACAAUUCCUCACUGUCUUCUCUCACCAUCUUGCUGCGAGAUACAACCGGUAUCCUUCCUCUAUCGUCAUCUCCUUGCAUCACAGCCAAUGUCUCCUCUUUGGCGGCUCCAUGGAUCCUGCCUACACUCUCACCAUCACGGCCCUCGCUUCUGAAGUCCAGCCUGCUACCAAUAAGCGCAAUGCCGCUGUCCUUCAAAAGCACCUAGAAGCCGUGCUUCGUGUUCCUCCUGCCAGAGGGAUGGUGCGCUUCAUCCCGGUGGCAGAAGAGUCUCUUGCGUGGGGGAGCAAGACUGUCGCGGGGAGGAUCUCAGAAGCUGUAGCCGGCGAUGGGGAUGGCGAGAAAGAAAGGAACAAGGUACAAGAGAGGCGAAGACUAAAGGCGCUCUCAUUGAAAAGAACCUCGCCGGCGAACGUUGCCUCUUCAAAUGCACAGCCUCAAAGUCUUGCACAGCAAGCAAAGAAUUCCAGUGUCAACUCAACUGUCCAAGUUGAGCCUACUGAAAUGUUUGGAGGAGAGGAAAGCGUCAAGGUAGUCAGGAAGAAGAAGAGCAUCAUUCAUACGCUGUUUAGGACAUCGAAGGGGAUUGAGGAUGAGGAGCCCUCUAGAUCUUGAGUGGGCAAAUACAAGUAUAAGAAAGAAAAGUCUCAAAAUUGGAGUAUAUUAGGCGUGAUAAUGAAUUAUAACAGCCAAAAGUAGCAGCGUG